AUGAAUAAGAAAAGAUACUUUCUGGACCCUCCAGUGGUCAAAGAAUACCUGGUCAAAGGAGAACGAUUUACCAAGUGGUCGGAGGACUCCACAAAGACUGCUCCUGUCACGAUGAAGAUGGACCCGAAAGGUUUUUACGUUUACUGGAUCAACCAAAGCAAGGAGACAACGUUUCUGGAUGUUGCAACUGUCAGAGAUACCAGAACAGGAAAAUAUGCAAGGCUUCCCAAACACUCCAAGGUCCGUAACGUGUUCAACAUGGACUUCCCAGACAGCAACCAUCUCACCAAAACCUUUACCAUCGUCACAGGUCCCGACACAGUGAAUCUGACCUACCAUAACUUCUUUGCCGCGAAGGAGAAAGUGACACAGAACUGGGCGGAUGACAUCCUCGCAAUCGCCUACAAUGCCGCGAGAAACAAUGCGUGCAGACAAGUGCUCCUGGAAAAGAUGUACACCCGCAUUUCUCUUCACACCAACAAGGACGGCAAGGUCCUCGUGAAAAAUUUCUACAAGAUGUUUCCUUCAGAUAAGAAGAGGGUGGAAAGUGCCUUAGCGUCAGCACAGCUGCCUAAAGGAAAGCAUGACACCAUAAAGCCGGACGUCUUUACGGAGACCGCCUUCAAGGCCUUUCUGACAAACUUCUGCCCUCGGCCGGAGAUCCUUGAGAUCUUCACUUCUUACUCCAACAAACCCACCAUGACGAAGGAGAAUUUCACCAAGUUCCUCAACGAGAAACAGAGGGACUCUCGGCUCAACGAGGAGCUGUUUCCACGUCUGCGACAGGACCAGAUCAAGAAUCUGAUCGACAAAUACGAAUCCUCCACCAAUUCAAGCAGAGGUCUGAUUUCUCCAGAGGGUCUCUUAUCCUACCUGAUGGGGUCCGAGACAACAGUUGUCAUGCAGGACUCGCUGGCCAAGUGUCACGACAUGACCCAACCGAUACCCCACUACUUUAUCAAGUCCUCCCACAACACAUACCUGACAGCUGGUCAGUUGACGGGCUUGUCCUCUCCAGAGAUGUACCGUCAGUGUCUGCUGUCCGGCUGCCGCUGUCUGGAGCUGGACUGCUGGAAAGGCAAACCUCCAGAUGAAGAGCCCAUCAUUACUCACGGCUUCACCAUGACAACUGAGAUCCUCUUCAAGGAUGUGAUUGAGGCCAUCGCAGAGAGCGCCUUCAAGACCUCACAGUAUCCCGUCAUCCUCUCAUUCGAGAACCACGUGGACUCGGUGAAACAGCAGGAGAAGAUGGCCAACUACUGCAAAACGUUUUUUGGUGAUGCCCUUCUAACAGAUCCGCUGGACAAAUACCCUCUGAUUCCGGGCCAGCAGAUCCCCAGCCCCUCUGAGCUCAUGGGUAAGAUCCUCAUCAAGAACAAGAAAGGCAGCCAUGAAAAGCCGGCCCAAGCUAAGAAAACCACCCCAGCAGCAGACCAAACCACAACCGCCCCUUCAACCGCCCCUUCAACCGCCCCUUCAACCACCCAGGACCCAAACUCCACUACCCAGGAUCCCGACAACCCGGCACCCAGCGUCCCGGAGACCCCGGAGGUGGAAGCAGCUGUGGAGGACAUUGAGGAACAAGAGGACACAGAGGAACAGGACGAGGAGAAAAUGAAGACGUCAGAUGAGGGCACAGCUGGACAAGAAGUCACAGCCUACGAGGCGAUGUCGUCCCUGGUCAACUACAUCCAGCCCCAUAAAUUCAUCUCUUUUGACAAUUCCAAAAAGAAAAACAAGAGUUUCGCCAUUUCAUCUUUUGUGGAGACCAGAGGAGAGGCAAUGAUUUCUAAGACUGCUGUUGAGUUUGUUGAAUACAAUAAGAGGCAGAUGAGCAGGAUUUACCCCAAAGGAACCAGAAUGGACUCAUCCAACUACAGCCCGCAGCCUUUUUGGAACGUAGGCGCCCAGAUGGUGGCGCUCAACUACCAGACGAUGGAUUUCCCCAUGCAGCUGAACAUGGCUCAGUUUGAAUUCAACGGCAGAACUGGCUACAUGCUCAAACACGAUGUUAUGCGUCGCAGCGACAAAAAGUUUGACCCCUUUUGUGACCGGAUUGACACAGUUGUGGCAAGCACACUGACCAUAAAGAUCUACUCGGGACAGUUUCUGUCUGACAAGAGCGUGAAAACGGGAGUUGAGGUGGAGGUGAUUGGGCUUCCGGGAGACCCCAAAAAGAAAUAUCGUACCAAAUGGACCACCACACCCAACGCCAUCAACCCAGUGUGGAAUGAGGAGCCUUUUGUUUUUGAGAAGAUCUUGCUCCCAGAAAUGGCCUCUCUAAGAAUUGUAGUCCAUGAGGAGAACGGUAAAUUCUUGGGACACAGGAUCAUCCCACUUGGUGCCAUCCAGUCAGGUUUCCAUCACAUCUGCCUGCGCAGUGAGAGCAACAUGACGCUCACUCUGCCUGCUCUCUUUGUGUACAUCGAGGUCAAGGACUACAUCCCAGCAGCCUUUGCAGAUUUCACAGAUGCCCUUUUCAAUCCAACAAAGGGAACAGAGAAGACCACAAAACCCCCAAAUCAGGCAUCCGCUGACUACGUUUCUCCCUAUGAGAAGCCUCUUGUGGUCCCAAUCACUGACAUUGCUAAGGAAGGCGAGGCCCCUGCUGCAGCAGAGAUUGCAGCAUCUGAACCGGUAGUUGACACAAAGUCUGCUGCAGAAGUGAGCUCAGAAGUAGCUAAAGAAGAGAGUGAGAGCAAGUCAGACCCUCAACAAGCUGCAGCAGAACCUCCUCAAACUCCUGAAGAUCCAGUCCCGGACCCAGGAAGCGCCACACCUGAAGCCCCUCCUGAAGCCACACCUGAAGCCACACCUGAAGCCACACCUGAAGCCACACCUGAAGCCCCUCCUGAAGCCACACCUGAAGCCACACCUGAAGCCACACCUGAAGCCACACCUGAAGCCCCUCCUGAAGCCUCUCCUUCCCCUGAGAAGCCGGCAGUUCAAGACCCUGAGCCUGCUUCAGAGGAUCCACCAGAAGCUGCCGGCUCUGCUGUAGAGCCUGUUGCUGCUGUUGCUGCUGUUGCUGCUGUGGCCGUGCUCGUUCCAGCAAGUGCAUCUCCCGAGUCUGCCGGAUCAGAGCCUUCAACUGUGACGACUGAAGAACUGACACAGCACAAGAACUAUCUGAAGGUCACCAAGCGCCAGGAGAAAGACAUGAAAGAUGGAGACAAGAAGUAUCAGAAAAAAGGAGAGGAUCUGAUUCAGAAAUACUCUGACACGUUCAAGGCCAUCAAGAAGAAGACCUCUGUGAAGAAAAAAGACGGAGGGGCAAACGCCUCUGAGUCCAGCGGGCAGACGGAGCGAGUGCAGGAGCAGAAGGACAAAAUGCAGGUUGAGCUGCAGGCUGUGUGGACGGAGCAGAGUGAUCAGUUGAGGAAGAGGAGAGAGCAGUGUGCAACAGAGAGGCUGGCCAAACUUUUGGAGCUGGCCGGAGAGAGGCACCACAUUGAACUGAAGACCCUGGAGAGUGAAACCAAAGAGCCUAAAAAGAAGUCAUCCACCAAGCUGAAAAAGUCAAUGAGCACAGAGGUGUUGGAUGAGCCUAGUCAGUCUGGUGGUGCAUCUUCAGAUAACAGCUCACAACAAGAGGCUCUGAUGAAGAAACAGGCUGCUACGCUGGAGGAGAUCAAGACACUGACUAAUCAGCUCAAUCAGGAGGCCCUGACGGACCACAAUCAGAAACAGAGGUCUCUGCCAGCUGAAGUGAAAGAGGCCGUCAACAUCUGCGUGGGCGCUCACUUUCCCGAGUUGGUGGACAAGGCUGUCGACGUGAAGGGGGAGGGAGUCUAUGGAGAAGUCUUCCUGGGUUAGAUGUGCCUUUUGAUCCAUGACCCUCCCGUGUAACUCCCUCCUGACCUUUUAGAAACUUCUUCUUUUUUUUAACACUCUCACCUGUUACAUAACCUGUAGUCUAAGCACAACUGUGGAAUAGUAGAAGAUUCAUUUAUCUGUGUGAAAUGUUUUACUUUAGAGGUGCUGGUCGUAGAGAGGGAUAUUUAAGAUUUGAUCAAUUGGAAAUUAUUUUCUUUUAACUCUUUAUUUAUGUUGCAUUUCACCCAUAAAAAAUAGCCGUACACAGCAACACAUGUCUUGCAGGUGAAAGGCCAUCACUGAAAGCUUGUGUUUGGUACCCACAGUGUCCUCCCGGUUCUCUUAAUGAGAUCAAAAGUAGCAAAACAUUUAGCAAAAAAUAUUUCGCGGCAAGAUGGGUUAUUAGAGUCUGCAGGCUGAAUCGGGACGAUGACUCCAUCUGUUACACGUCAGCAUAUGGUGGGUAAUACUCCAUGAAGACACAGCAAAACCCAGAGAUGUAGGUGUGUUGUAGUUGAAAUAAAGUUUUUCAAAAAACAAAAACCACAUUAACUCUUUCACCAAAACAAAGGUUUGAUGACGAUGAAAAUACAAAACAGGCAGCACCAGUUCAUACGUUUUCCCUCUGCAUCAUUUGUUCUUGCGAUGAAUAGUUCCUAAUAAACUUUUCUUUUCACUGUA